GGAGGGGAGGAGCUGGAGUGGGGACGCCACCGUAACAUUCCCACUCAAUCUCUCCUUCUCUACAGACGAGAAAGCAAGGGCAUUGCUCCAGUUACACACCGAAUCGUCUUGGGGUUUUUCCUUCCCCCCUCCCCAACCAAUCAGCUCCAUCAACUAUCACCGGGAGCUUCGGGACCGCUCUAAACCGAGGACGAGGACGUGUGCUCGGGGAAGAGGCAGGGGCGUGAAGGCGGAUGCUGCGAGGCUAAAAAAAAAAAAAAAGAGGAGGCUGUGGGUACCGAGCAGGCGUCGCCGCUGCAGCCGACACGAUGGACAAAAUGAAAUGUCUCUCCUUCCUCUUCCUUUGCUUGACAUCCGUUGCCAAUGGCAACAAAGCCAAUAAGCACAAGCCAUGGAUCGAGACGGAGUACCAGGGCAUUGUGAUGGAGAACGACAACACGGUCCUUCUCAACCCGCCGCUCUUCGCUUUGGAUAAAGACGCUCCGCUCCACUACGCCGGUGAAAUUUGUGGUUUCCGGGUCCACAAUGGCCCCUCGGGUUCCGGUUCGGUGCAGUUUGAAGCAGUGGUCCUGGACCGCUCCACCGGCGAGGGUCUUGUGCGUUCCAAGGAGCCGCUGGACUGCGAGAGCCAGCGGGAGCACAGCUUUACCAUCCAGGCCUACGACUGCGGCGAGGGGCCGGACGGCGUCAACAGCAAGAAAUCCCACAAGGCCACCGUACACGUGCGGGUCAACGAUGUCAACGAGUUUUCCCCCGUGUUCGUGGAGCGUCGCUACGAGGCCUCAGUCCCAGAGGGGCGGCUCUUUGACCGCAUCGUGCGUGCGGAGGCUCUCGAUGCCGACUGCUCCCCACAGUACAGCCAGAUUUGUUUCUACGACAUCAUCACUCCCAACGUGCCCUUUGCUAUUGACAACGAUGGUAACAUAAAGAACACGGAGCCGCUGGACUCCAAGCGUCAGCACGUUCACACCUUCUGGGUGACGGCUUUCGACUGCGGCAAGAACCGCGCUCAGGCCGACGCUCAGGUGGUGGUCACGGUCAAGCCGUCCUGCAGGCCCGGCUGGAUGGGUUGGACCAAGCGUGUGGAGUACACACCUGGCUCGGGUAGCAUCCCGCUCUUCCCCAGCUUGCAUUUGGAGACUUGCGAGGAGACCGUCUGGAACAUCCAGGCCACUGUAGAGCUUCAGACAGGCCACAUCGGAAAGGGCUGCGACCGAGACAGCUACUCUGACCGGUCCGUGCGGCGACUUUGCGGCGCUGUUCGAGGCGAGGUCGACCUCCUCCCACCUCCAUCGCCCGCAGCCAACUGGACGUCAGCGCUUCCCACUCUACCUUCCUCGGAUUCCUCUCUGGUGUUCUCCUUCAACGGGUCCAACCACGUGGCGGUGGUGCCGGACACGGUUGUCACGGGGCUGUCCGGCGACCAUUUCACCCUGCAGCUGUGGAUGCGUAGGUGGGGCACCAACGUCCAGCCGGCUGCUGCUCAGUCGAAAACGAGUCGCAAGGAAGAGGAGACCAUUGUGUGUAGCACUGUCAAGAACGAUGACUCGUUCUCUCACUAUUCACUCUCCGUGCACGGCUGCCGCCUUUCUCUCUUCUACUGGCCCGACGUCUCGGCUGCACGGCCCGUCAAGUUCUUGUGGAAACUGGAGCAGGUGUGCGACAGCGAGUGGCACCACCUGUCACUCAGCGUGCAGUUCCCUUCAGUGACCCUGUACGUGGACGGCGUGACCUUUGACCCCGCUCUCAUCCACGACAACGGCGCCCUGCCCAACCCGGCCCCCCGUCAGAGGAUGUUCAUCGGCGCCUGCUGGGAGUCGGAGGACAAGCAGAGGGAAAUAGUGAACAACAGCAUCCCACAAGUGAAAUAUGCCGGCGGUUACCACGGCCUGUUGUCCGGAGUGACGGUGCGUCCUGGCAGCGUGGAGCCUCACAGCGUGGUGGAGUGCCUGUACGCCUGCAGGGAGGGUCUGGACUUCGGAGACCUGGAGACGUUGGGAUCCGGGAUGAAGGUGCACGUGAACCCUAGCCAGUCAGUAUUAGUGCUGGAGGGGGAUGACAUUGAGAGUUUCAACCGCGCCGUGCAGCAGGUGACCUACCGGAACUCCCUUCGCUUCGCCACGCCUGGAGUGCGACCCCUUAAACUUACCACCUCUCUCAGAUGUUUCAGUGAGGAGAGCUGUCUGUCCCUGAAGCCGCUGGAAGGUUACCUGGUGGUCCUCCAGCCGGAUGCUCCUCAGAUCUCUCUGUCCGGGGUCGGCCCGCAUCUGGCUCGCCCCGCUCCCGAGUUCGAGGCCACCCGGGGCGUCGCCUUAUUCCCCGAGUUACGGAUCGUCUGUUCGCUGACUCAUGCUGUCAACACGGCUGCGCAGGGGAUGGAAGGUGGAGCGCUGAUGUCCGAUGCCGUGGCACACACUUUGGACGGCUGUGAGGUUCAACCUCUGGGCGAGGAGCUAGAUCUGGAGCGGGAGGAGCUUCUGGUCGAUAUGGAUGUCGUGCGAGAGCGGGGCUUGGAUAUCAUCAACACGACGGCUUACAUCGCCAUCACAGGUGCUGAAUCCAUCUCCGUAUACGAGGACGUCCUUCGCUCAGUCCGCUACCGACUGUCCGGGAGCUCGUCCCGCUUCGAGCGGCGCUUCCGUCUGUCCUGCUCCGAGAUGAACGGCAGAUACACCAGCAAUGAGUUGACUCUGGAGGUCAACUUCCUCCACUCCUUGGACAGCAUGUAUCACCCAUCCCACUUGAUGGCCUCCCAGCAACAGUUUCUCCAUCAACACGCAGGCGAGCUCGGUGGACACGCCUUGCCCAGUCUACAUCGCAACUCAGUUGUCCCCGGGGCCGCCACCAUCAUCAUCAUGGUGUGCGUGGCUUUUCUGGUCAUCAUGGUGAUCCUGGGCAUUUACCGGAUCCGCUCCAUCCACCGCCGGAGCGAGGAGGCCCGCCAGGCGGCCAAGGAAGGCAGCGGCCAGUGGGACGACUCCGCGCUCACCAUCAUCGUCAACCCCAUGGAGUCCUACGAGUCUCGCCUGGGCAUGUCCGCUGACACGGCGGGAGAUGGUGAGGAGGAGGAGGAGGAAGAAGAAGAGGAGGAGGACGUGGCCGAGUCGCCCGACAACGCCAACGACGACCAGCGGAUCAUUUUCAAGAAGGAGGUCCGGGACGGCAACGCCCGUCGCUACUGAGCUGCAUGUAAAACCCCGCCUGCACCGGUUCUCACGGAAACCAACACUUUUACCGUCAUGUAUGGAAUGUAUACCUGCAAAAAAAAAAAAAAAAAAAAAAAAAAACAUGACGCACAACACAUUCGAUGUAAUACGCAGCCAUACGUGACGGCGGGCGGUCGGUCCUCCACUUCGAUGUUCAGCGGCACAAUGUAUACACUCCAUGUAAUUGAUCUGCCUGAGCCACGCAAACGAUUUGUGGUGCGCUCGUUCCACGUCACAUAAUCAUAAUAACAACAACAACAACGUGUCUGUAUAGUGUGAUGCUGGAUGAAUGAGGCUGAAAAACAACACUUGAUUGUAUUUUCUUUUGUUCUUGAAUACACAAUGGGACCCUUACUCGAAUGAGAAGGCAAAGGCCCCGCUCUCCACAUGCCGACACACACGCACAACUUAUUCGGCCCGAGCCACGAGGUCUGCGCACAAGCUGUCUCCUCGCACUUUGCCAGCCCCCCUCGAUACAUUCCGCGAUGAACUUUUUGUUUUUUGCGAGACUUUCAUCAGCCGAGGAGAAAUAGGGACACACUCCAAAGAAGAAGGGAGACGAUCACAAUCGUGUCGUAUGGUUUGGAGAAUUCUGCCAAAAUAGUUGGAAAAAAUAAUUGUACGUUUAUGAGAAUGGUCAGAAUACAAUGACGAAAAGCCUUCGGUUAGGAAGUGGUUAAAAUUACUUUGUUCCUGUAAUUUUUUUUCUGAAAAAAAAAUUUGGACACUAUUCUCAUAACUUUCACUGUUUUCAUAAAAUAUAAACGUCAUUCUCAUAAUAUUGCAAAUGUUUGGCUAAUAUAUUGUAUUGUAUUAUUCUCAACUCAAUAUCUUCAAAAAGGAACAUGAAGGGGCUUGUCUAAUUUUAACUGUGAGUGAAACAGAAAAAGUCCGAUAGGAGCCCGUGCUCCCUUUACGUGUUCCAGUCAAGAGGCAAGUGGCAGCAUUUUCAUCAUACUAUUGGACAGUAUUCGUGUGGCCCCAUUACUCCUCCGCCUACAUCUUGAGCUGGUCAUGAUAGUUUAUCAAUCAACCACAAACUGCUCCUAUCUUCAGCAAUACUCACGAUGAUCUCUCAUGGUUCGGAAUCACUGCUCUCAUGCUUCUCAAAUUGACGUCUGGAAUGUCUGUAAACCACACACACACACACACACACACACACACACACACACUUCACCGCUAUCCUCCCUCUGCUGUCCCCGGAAUGUCAACUCAGCUUGGGCAGUUUUGACUUUAUUGAUUGUAAUGAAUUUUAUGUACAUACACUGAGAAAUAUUAUUGAUGACUAUUAUUGUUGGAAUGAAUUCUUAUCAUUAUAAUUGCAGCCAUGUUUCAGCACACUCGAAUAGGGAGCAGAUGGUCAUUUCCCUGUUUUUGUUCAUCGCCUAUUCCAGCAUCAAGAAAACAGUAGGAAAAUAAUACUAGUAGUUGACGUGAGGAUGAUAUCUGGCUUGAUGCCUGUGUCUUACUUUUUGUGUGUAAUAAUGUUGUAAUUUAAGAAUUUGUCAAUAUAGGAAUCACAGAGAAAAAGCAAAGGGAGGCACAUUGGUUGUGAUCCCGACAACUGUACAUAAAUGUGGCAUCGCUGUCUUUCACACUCUUUUUCCAUGACUAUUCUAUUUUACUGCUUCCAUCUGAUAUUUUCUUUUCAGUGAAGGUACAACCUGUGCUUCCCACCCAGCCCUCCAGACACUUCCCCAUCCCGAAUAUGCCCACCCCCUCCUCCCACCUCAGUGUCUCUUGCUGUCCGUCUGUGUAGCCUAUCAAUGUGCAGUACUAUUAAAAAAAAAAAUGUUCGUAAAUAAAAA